AUGGGUGAUUCUUUUUUCGGCUUCGAUACGACUCUACCUCCAAGGGAUGACGAAGAUACUCUUCAACAUCUUUCUGCAAAGGAACGUGCUGCUAGAGAAGAUGCCGAUGUUUACGAUUUUGCGUCUUUACGCGAUGAACUUGGGGAUGAAGAAGUGAACGAUGGUUUAGGUGAUCAAUUAGAAGAAAUUGGUGAUGAUUUGAAUGAUGAAACUUUUGGUGACGACAAUAUAGGUCAAGAUUUUGAUUUCGCUGCGAAUACUGUCAAAUUCACUGCAAACUUGCCAGAAGAAGAGCGUAUGCUCCAUCAUCGUAACAAACCUCAUGAAGCUUCCGGCAAUUUGGAUCAACAGGAUGGUCAUGGUUGGAAAACAUCAAAUGAAAUACCUGUCGACCGUCGUAUGCCUACUGGUCAUAUGCAAUACGAUGAGUCCUCUUCAAAUGCUGCAAGAUCAAUCUGGGGUAACUUUGGAAACAAUGAUACUUUUGGUGGAGUGAAUCAAGGCAAUGUAUCACCAUUUACUCGACAUCAACAAUUGGGAUAUCCUACUUCACUUCCUGGAAUGUCACCUUCAACCUCCAUGGGAAUGUUACAACAACAACAGCAACAGCAACAGCAACCACAACGCCAACAUCAUUCACUUGAAGAAAUUGAAGCAGAAAUGCAACGUGCAAAAUAUCGUCAAAGUUAUGGGGAUGAAUUCACAUCUGGCAAGAAAAUGUUAAGCUUGGCUGAAGUGGAAGCGGCAAUGAUGCAAGGUACUGGUCGUGUCCCUAUGUUACAACAACAGCAACAGCAGCAGCAACAACAGCAGCAACAGCAACAACUGCAACAACAACAACAACAACAGCAAUUACAACAACAGCAACAACAUCUUCAACAAUUAAGACAACAACAAGAAGCAGGUUUACCUCCAUUUGGUUUUGGCCAACCUGAUCCUGCACAAAUCUUAGCUUUACGUCAACAACAAGAAUUGAUGGAACAAAUGUCUAUUGAACGGGAAAUGAAACGAAGGGAAAAUAUGCGAAAGUCUCAAUAUGAUAAUCUGAUGACUCAACAUGAUAAAGAUUUGGUUCAACGUAUUCAACUUACUCAAUUGGCUUCAGGAGAUCCUUAUGCAGAUGACUUUUACUAUCAAGUAUAUUCAUCUCUCCGGAUGCGUGCUGCUGGACUUGGUGCCAAUAAACCAACCAACAAUGAGCAACGUGGACGUGGUCGCCGAGAAGAUAACAUGAUGCAACGAAUGCAACAGCAAGUUCAACGUAUUGUUAAUGAUGCCAAACGACGACCUAAGCAAACUCAAGUUACUUUGGAAGGUGCUCUUGGUAAGAUCACUAGUCUUUCAACUAGAAACCCGCGUCAAAUACUUCAAGUUUCCGAAAAGAAGUCAAAUCAAGGAGAUGGGUCACCGUUAUCGACUCAUGAAUCCAUCACAACGUCAUCUGAACAUCCUCAUAUUGCAACCACAAAGACUAAAAAUGCGACAUUGAACGAUCGACGACGACUUCUUAACGUAGUUGAAGGACUUUAUCUCAAGGUGUUAGAACUGGAACAAAUGCGUAGACAAGGUCCUCCUCGAUCGAGACGUGAUGAUGAAGAAGAACAAGAACGAAAGGUUGAAGAAUGGAACGGACAAUACAAUACCAAAGUACAACAAUUAUGGACAGCUCUCAAAUUAAUGGAUGAUGGAAAAGAAGGAAGUACUCCAUUACUUGUCUCUAUUCUUGGUAUUAACAAAGGAAAGAAAUUGAUUCCACGUAUCAUUCGACCACUCAGUCAUGAUCAAAACUUGACUAUGCUUAGCGUGAUUGUUGCCAAUUUUAGUCAACUUCAAAUUUGUCAACAUGUCAUCUAUCCUGGUACACAAGUAGCUAAUGCUGAAGAAGCUCAACGACAACGAUUUGUUCCCUUUGAAGAUGUGGAAUUGUUUAUGAAUGCAACGGCUCCUUCUCUAUUGGGUUUUAUCACUGAAGCACCUAUGCACGUUGUUAUUGGAUUAACAAGAUUAUUUAUGGAAAAAAGUGAUAUUAGAUUAGUAGCUCAAACAAAGCCUGGUCUUGCCUUUUUGACAAUGUUAUUAUCUAGAGCGGAAAUUUUGAAACAAGGUGGAGGUGCCUUGCAUGGAUUUGCACCUCCUUCUCCUGAAGAUUUAAGCUUAUGGCAAGAUGUUUAUUCAAGACUAUUCAAUUUCUUACAAGGUCGUUACGGUUCCAUUUUCCCUUCAUUAUAUUAUUUGGCUCCUGUGAAUCCAGCAGUAGAUAUGAUGCAAUUACUGUUAAGCAUUGAUGAUAUGUAUAUUUGGCAAUUUUUGGCAGCUGUGGCGGUGGGUGCAUCUAUGGAACAACAACAUAUAUUGGUGACUGAAGUUCGAGAUCGUGUCAUGGAGAAUAUCAUUUUGGCUAAAAGCAAUCGUUUACCCCUGGAUCGUGCUACUCAUCGUAUUGAUAAUACAAAUCUUUUCCUUCAUUCCCUUGGUUUAGAUGCUUCUCAAGUUUCAGUUCCUUUAUAAUCUAGUCUAUUGUUGUGUAUUUUCCUUUCUCUCUUUUUUUCCACAUUUUACCCUUUUUU